AUGGUGAUGACUUGGGAAGAUCUGAGUGUGGAAAUUGCUACUUCUACUGCUGCUGCUAUUACUAGUAGUCUUGGAGCAGCACGCCCUCAUAACAAGAAGGUGUUGCUUAAUGGGAUCACUGGUUUUGCAGAAGCUGGUAGGAUCAUGGCCAUCAUGGGUCCUUCUGGCUGUGGCAAAACCAUCCUCCUCGACUCAUUCGCAGGAAGAUAUCCUGAAAAUGCUGUAGUAACCGGCAACAUUUUAAUCAACGGGAAAAAGUGCAACCUGCAUUGCAAAGAAAUGUCUUACAUGGCUCAAGAGGAAUUUUUCUUAGGAACAUUGACUGUGAAAGAGACCCUCACAUUCUCUGCAAACAUGAGGCUCCCUUCUAAGAUGACCAGAGAAGAGAUAAAUAGAGUUGUUGAAGAAACAAUAAUGGAAAUAGGUCUAGAAGAUUGUGCCGAUACUAGGAUUGGGAAUUGGCAUUCACGUGGAAUAAGUAAUGGUGAAAAGAAGAGACUUAGCAUUGGCCUUGAGAUUCUAACACAACCCUAUGUCUUACUUCUUGAUGAACCUACUAGUGGACUUGAUAGUGCCUCAGCUUUCUAUGUGAUCCAAGCUCUAUACAACAUUGCUCAUAAUGGAAGGAUUGUUAUGUGUUCGAUUCACCAGCCAAGUAAUGAAAAUUUUAAUAUGUUUGAUGAUUUGCUUUUGCUUUCAAGCGGGGAAAUUGUUUAUUUUGGAGAUGCAAAGAUGGCUCUAAAGUUUUUUGCCGAUGCAGGGUUUCCUUGUCCAACUACAAGAAAUCCUUCAGAUCAUUUCCUUUUAUGUAUUAAUUUGGACUUUGACUCGAUUACUGAAGCUCUUGCAAAAUCUCAUUCCCAUCUUUCAAAAUCAUCAAGUUCAACAGUGGGAAUGAGAAUAACAGAGAUUAGAGGAAUCCUCAUUGAGAGUUACAACAGUUCAAAGCUAAUGAUGAAAACAAGAAAAAGAAUUCAACAGCUGAAAACCAAUGAUGAGCAUGAAGUUGAGCCAAAGACUGGAAGCAGUACCAAAUGGUGGAAGCAACUGUGCACAUUGACCCAGCGAUCGUUGCUACACAUGACUAGGGACAUUGGAUACUACUGGUUGAGGAUAAUAUUCUACAUACUAGCAGCAUUCAGUAUUGGCACCCUCUUUUUUCAUAUUGGCACAAACAACUCAAUAUUGGCUAGAGGCAAGUGUAUAACAUUCAUCUAUGGGUUCAUGAUUUGUUUGUCAUGUGGAGGAUUACCAUUUUUCAUUGAAGAUUUGAAGGUGUUUUAUGGUGAAAGGUCCAAAGGGCAUUAUGGGGAGGCUGCAUUUGUUCUAUCCAAUAUGAUAUCAUCGUUCCCUUUCCAUCUUGUUUUAUCACUCUUCUCUGGAACAAUUAUAUACCUCAUGGUACAAUUUCAUCCAGGUUUAGCUCAUUGCACAUUUUUCUUCAUCAACUUAUUCUGUUGCCUAUCUGUUGCGGAGAGCUGUUUCAUGAUUGUGGCCUCAGUGGUGCCCAAUGUCUUGAUGGGCUUAGGAACAGGAUCAGGUGUAAUGGUUUUCAUGAUGAUGCCCUCUCAAAUAUUCAGACCACUACGUGACAUACCAAAGUUCUUUUGGCGUUAUCCCAUGUCCUACCUCAGUUAUGCUUCUUGGGCAGUUCAGGGACAGUACAAGAAUGAAAUGCUAGGAAUUGAAUUUGAUCCUCUGCUAUCUGGGUACCCAAAAGUCUCUGGAGAACAAGUCCUGACAAUGGUAUAUGGGGUUCCAUUGAAUUAUGGCAAAUGGUGGGACUUAAUAGCUUUGGCCACCUUGUUAUUAGUUCAUAGGGUGGUUCUUUACUUAGUAAUUCGUUAUAACAAAAGAAUGAAAUAA